AUGUCUUCACGCAUUAAUCAUGGCGGAUGCGUUCCACUUACCAGCGAACCCGAGUCGCCUUCUUCAGAUCAUCAAAUCGGGGCGCUUGGCAGUAACAAAUCAGAGAACAUUAUCUCAUUACCAAGCGAGGAUACGAUCCAAGGUCCUGAAAGUGACUGCGAAGUGACGAGCAGCUUCAGCUUUGAUGAUGCCGAUCCGCCCCAACCAGAAACCUUCUCACGCGUGCAAAAUCACGAUCCAUUCGGGCGUAAGUCGUCAUUCUCGCCGCGGUGCGCCGAUGAUGGGCUAUGUCAUGCCGACGCCAACCUAGUGUCAGAAGUACCUGAGACGCCCCCGUCCACCAUCAAAAGCUCUGGCGGUGCUAGUGUAAGCGACAAAGAUGAUGACGGUCUCUUGAGUCGUUGUAUGCUGUAUGAAGGCGAGGAAGGCUUGCUGGAUGUACCGCGAUCGGAGGUCCAGCUCUCAUUUGAACACGUGGCCGAAACAUCCCCUCCACAGCUCGAUCAUCAAGUGGCUCAAGGUAUUACUUCGAGCAGCUUGUACAGCAAGGUCGACAGUACCCGAUCAAACCCUACCAGCCAAAAGAGACCAGCGAGUGCUACUUUGGAGACGGAUGGAGAAGCAAGUGGUCCUCGAACAAGGGCAAGGGCAAGGGCUAGGGCUGAAGCAUCUGAAGCAUCCAGUUCAUUGCCCACUCCCCGCAGUGCUCGACCUUAUUCAGCGGCCGAAGACGAGGUCCUACAGAAAUUGGUGGCUAGAGGGCUCGCGUGGGAAGAAAUUGAGAAGGAGUUCGGUCUGCGCUUCGCUAAGAGGACUUCGAGAUCACUGCAGAUGCGUUGGUCAAGAAACCUGAAGCUUACAGCUCCGUCGACCAGAUGCUCGAAACGCAAGAGGUCUUCCCCGUGGUAA